CUCUAUCUCUCUCUCAACAUCAUGAGAGAAAGUAACAAAACAAAAAAUUGAUCAAAGACCCUCCUUCACUAUCGUCUUCUAUCUAUUCCUCUCGUAUCUAUCUUUCAAUCGAUGUAUAAAUUUAAGGUCAAGGGAAAAGUAUUUGGGGUUAGAAUCAAAAUGGAUUUUGAAGAUAUAUUGUCUUACAGGUCCAUAUUGAGGCAUCAGAUCUUCGUGGGGGUUAUGAUGGUUGAUAUCUCUAGUCUGGAUUCUAUUCAUGUGUUCUUGGAAUCAAUUAACAAAAUUAGGGCAAAUUGGGGCACACAAUUGUUUCACCCACUGCCUCCGGAAACAGUGGUAAAAAUGUUGAUAGAUAACGAAAUCCAAAAGGAAAGAGAAGUUAAUCAAGAGGGGAGAACAAGAAUAUUUGUUGAAGUUGGUCGUCGGAGGUCAAAGUCAAACUCCGGUUACCGGAAAAAGUCAAGAAUGAGCGCAUCUCGGUUUAUAAAGUGCGUGACAGUCGGCGAUGGAGCUGUUGGGAAGACCUGUAUGCUUAUUUCUUACACCAGCAACACUUUCCCCACUCAAGGCCGCCCAUAUCCACCAACCGCAGCCACCCAUCGAUGCCCUUCCACCGUUGUUGCAAAUCAGGUAGAAGAAGAAGAGAGGGUGGGGUUAGGGUCAUUUUUUCUCAUCCUGACGCAGACUAAGUCGGAGGAGGAGAUGUCAUCGUCUGGAAUCUUUGAGCUUCCUUUGAUGUGUUAUUGAAAGCAAUUGAUGGUGGGAGGAUCGAGCAGAGUCAUUGAAGGCUAACUAGUGGCGACUGUUUGUGUGUGUGGAAUGUGUGUAUGUAUCUAUGUAUAUGUUUUUUAUGGUGAUCAGGGGGAGGACGGAGAGAGAGGGGGAGAGAGAGAAAGAGAGAGAGAGAGAGAGAGAGAGAGAGAGAGAGAGAGAAAGAGAAAGAGA